AUGAAGAUUACAUCCGUUUUAUUAACACAACUUGUAGCAUUCUUGGCUGUAUCUCAAGCACAAAAUGCCAAUGCUACAUACGUCAGUCCAGCUGUUGUAGCAAGUUCAACUCCAAUCAGUUCUACACAACAAGAAUCAUCCAAAGUAACUACAGCUGCCUUAUCAUCUUUACUAUCUUCCAUACAAUCAUCUGUGUCAGCAUCUUCUGCUGCUUCUAGCUCUGCUGCUUCUAGCUCUGCUGCCUCCAGCUCCGUCGCUUCCAGCUCUGCUGCUUCAUCUUCUGCUGCCUCAAGCUCUGCUGCUUCAUCUUCUGCUGCCUCCAGCUCUGCUGCUUCCAGUUCUGCUGCCUCCAGCUCUGCUGCUUCAUCUUCUGCUGCUUCAUCUUCUGCUGCCUCAAGCUCUGAUGCCUCAAGCUCUGCUGCCUCCAGUUCUGCUGCUUCAUCUUCUGCUGCCUCAAGCUCUGCUGCUUCAUCUUCUGCUGCUUCCAGCUCUGCUGCUUCCAGUUCUGCUGCCUCCAGCUCUGCUGCUUCAUCUUCUGCUGCUUCAUCUUCUGCUGCCUCAAGCUCUGCUACCUCAUCUUCUGUUGCUUCCUCUUCUGCUUUCAACAGUUCUUCAGCUGCCCCAUCAUCUGCAUCUAGCUCUGCUAUCUCCAGUUCUGCUGCUUCAUCUUCUGCUUCUAGCUCUGCUAUCUCCAGUUCUGCUGCUUCCUCUUCUGCUUUCAACAGUUCUUCAGCCGCUCCAUCUUCUGCAUCUAGCUCUGCUAUCUCCAGUUCUGCUGCUUCCUCUUCUGCUUUCAACAGUUCUUCAGCCGCUCCAUCAUCUGCUUCUAGCUCUGCUAUCUCCAGUUCUGCUGCUUCCUCUUCUGCUUUCAACAGUUCUUCAGCUGCUCCAUCAUCUGCUUCUAGCUCUGCUAUCUCCAGUUCUGCUGCUUCCUCUUCUGCUUUCAACAGUUCUUCAGCCACUCCAUCUUCUGCAUCUAGCUCUGCUAUCUCCAGUUCUGCUGCUUCAUCUUCUGUUGUUUCAAGUUCUUCUGGUGGCCCAACUAAUAUGGAUGAUGCUACUCACAGAACUAGACCAACUUCUCGUUCUUGUUACUCAUUUACUUCUACAGUUAAUGGAUCUGGUAGCUCUAAUGCAGUUCCAACUUUAUCUACAGACUGUCCUACCUGUACUACUUCUAAACCAGUCGUUACUACUGUUAUCACUUCUGGUACUGUCACUAAGACUGUUAUUGUUAGUUGUACUACCUCUACUGACAACCAAGGUGAAACUACUAUUGUUACUGUCACUGAACCAUGUACUGAAUGUCAAACCACUACUCAACCACCUGUCUACACAACUACAAUUGUUACCGAAGGUACCAUUACUAAGACUGUUAUCGUGAGCUGCUCAACUUCUACUGGCUCUAAUGGUGAUGUUACUACUGUUACUACUACUCUUCCAUGCCCAUCUGGUACUAUUCCAACACCUACUACCACUACCGUUACUGUUAAUGGUGUUACUUCAACUGUUGUUGUUACCUGCUAUCCAACCACUGAUAACGGAGGUAAUGCCAGUAUUGCUACAAAGACUGUAUCUUGUACUGAAUGUAUUGAUGUUCCAAAGGCUGUUACUUCUACCAAGGUUGCUGGUACCGUCACAGAAACCGUUGUUGUUACUUAUUUCCAAACUUCUGGCACUAACGGUAAAGCUAUUGUUGGUUCUACUACUCAAGGCGUCUUCCAAGGCUCUAACGGUCCAGAAGUCAUUCCAACCCCAUAUACUUCUACUGUCGUGAAUAACCAAGUUACCAAGACUGUAAUUGUUACUUGUUAUGUCACUACUGAUUCCAACGGUAAUUCCGUUAUUGCUACUACUACUGCUCCUCAUUUCACCGCUCCUACUCAUUACACUACCACCAUUGUCGGUGAUACUGUCACAAAGACUGUCAUUGUUACCUGUUACGCUACUACUAACUCUGAAGGUAGUACUGUUUUGGAAACUUCUACCCAUCCUGCCACACAAACUGUUUACACAACUGUCGCUCCAACAGAAAGUCCAAUCUUCUCUACUCAAUAUACUAAUGAUACUGUCACUGCUUAUGCUAACACAACUAUGGAAACAGUUAAACAUUAUACUACAACUAUCCUUCCAAGUUCCAAGAAUGGUACUCAAAACUUUGAAUUAGAAGUCCCUAAAUCAAGUGUUAACGGUACUAGAAUUACUACAAUUAUCGGCCCAGUUAAUAAUACCUCUGUUGAAACAGGUAUCUCCAACGAUCAAAAGACAGCUGUUGUCAAAAGAGAUAUUUCUGUUAAAACGUUGAACUUGGAAGGCUCUGCUUCUUCUUUGAACAUUAACAAAUACUUAUUAGCUAUCCUGGGUUUUAUUUUUUCUCUCAUUUACUAA